AUGCCCAAGAGGAACUACCAGGCCUGGACGCCGGGCGAGGAAAGCGAACUUCAGUCAUGGGUGGCUCGUCAUCUGGAUCUAAAGUGGUCGGAGAGAGCCACUAAAAUAUGGGACGACAUCACCGCCCAGCCCGCACAGGACCGUCGCAGCCCAGGCGUUCGAGCGCAAAGGGGCAGCGCCCUGGCCAGCAGAAAGCUCGGCCCCGCCGUAUCUCAACCAGCACUCCUACGACUUCUGGAUCUAGCCCGCAAGGCCAAUGCUCAGCUAUGCAGGCCAAGACACAACAGAAGCCCACGUCCGCCUCUCGCCAUCACCGUCCACCAGCACAACCCCGCAUCCAGCGCGGUCGACCAACUACGCGAUGGAUGCGGUCGGUCAACGCUCCCGUCGAACGUGGAAAUGCCAAAAAUGCGCCAGGAGAUCAAGGCAGACCUUCGCCAGAUGUCCCAAGUGUUCCAUCCGCUCGUGACGGUUCUCCAAGAAAAUGGCGGCAUGGCAAUGAUUCGCUCGGCGCAGGACAUCACGGGAGUGUCUGGCAGGCACCUCGGCCUUCAGGGUCACUUCGAAAGAUAG